CAAUUGGCAGGCUUUUGGUCCGGACCAGAGGGGUGGAUGGGCGACUACGCACCAGAUGACCAGUAAUAUCGAACUUCUCAACGGAAGGACUGCCCAGGAUUGCUCAGCCCGAGUUUCAUCAUGGGCCACUGAGGCCCUUACUCAGCACGGAAGCGCGGGUACAGAGCUAAGUGCGUCAAACGCGAGGGCGAGGUAUAAAAUCGACAGGGAGCAACCUACCUUGAUACAACACGACCACCUUGAAAAACACACCCACACAAAUGUCCUACCCUACUUUCAACUUCCACACCACCGCUGAGGACGUUGCGACUGCUUUUUCGGAUGAGAUAAAGGGCAAAAAUGUUCUCAUCACCGGAACCUCCAUCAAAGGAAUCGGAUUCGAGACUGCCCGGGCGAUCGCGAAAUACGCCAACCUGGUUGUGAUCACCGGUUACAACGAGGAGCGAUUGAAACUUGCUGAGGCGGCAAUCAAGGAGGAGGUCCCGCAUGCCAAAAUCCGCACCCUCAUCCUCGACCUCUCAUCCUUCGCCGCCGUGCGCACCGCUGCAGCGGAGGUCAACGCUUACGAAGAGCCGAUCCACGUCCUCAUCAACAACGCCGCGGCCCCGAUUGGUCCGUUCAAACCGACCGUCGACGGGUUCGAGAAUCAAAUGGCUACGGACCACCUCGGGCCGUUCCUCUUCACCGCUCUGAUCGCGCCGAAGAUUCUCGCUACGAGGACAGAGAAGUUUACACCACGCGUCGUAUUCGUGUCCAGUCUCGGACACACCCUGUGCAAGGGCCCUGACUUUGAGACGCUGAGGAAGCCCAACCCGGAGACUCAUCAGCCGUUCAACGCGUACGCCCAGGCCAAGUCUGCCAACAUUUUGGCCGCAGCAGAGCUCUCGCGGAGGUCGAAUGGAAAGAUCAACGGGUACAGUCUGCAUCCGGGAGCGAUCUUGACGAACAUCUUCGACAAGGAGGAGUCACACGAGGUUAUGAAGAGCCUGGGGAUCCUCGGGCCGGACGGCAAGCCGAACACGGAGAACAUCCAGUGGAAGACCAUACCCGAGGGUGCGGCCACGACCGUGGCUGCUGCAUUCAACCCUCUUCUCGACGCAAGCCCUGGUGCUUACCUGGACGACUCGGUUGUCGCAAACGAGAAAAUCGACGAGCACUCUGCGAAUCCGGCAAACGCUGCGAAGUUGUGGGAUUUAUCAGAGGAGAUUGUGGGAGUCAAGUUCACUUUCGAAUAGAUAGAGGAGAGCUGUCAGGAUGGGCCACUCACAUAGACAAGCUGCUUAAAAUCAGUAAAGAAAUCUAGAAAUUUCGG